UGGAGAGGCUGUUUAUAAGACUCAACCCAUCCACACCAUUACUGAACAGGUUGUUUUGGUGAGUCUCAUGAAACAAAGAAUCUGUGAUGAUGAUCAAGCAAGCGCAUGUAGUGGUUGUGCCAUACCCGGCACAAGGGCAUGUCGUACCUCUCUUGAAGUUAUCACACAAAAUUGCUGAUUAUGGGAUCAAAGUUACAGCUGUUAACACGGAGUUCAUACAUGCCAAGAUCAUGAGUGCUAUGCCAGAUGACAAGGAUGAAGAAUUGAAAAACCGGGUAAGACUAGUUUCGAUUCCUGACGGAUUGGGACCCGGUGAUGAUCAGAGGGACGGUGUCAAAGUAAUGGAGAGUAUCCGGCGAGUCAUGCCGGGUCAUCUUAAGGAUUUGAUUGAAAAGAUUGGCCAAUCGGAGGAGAAGAUGAUUAGGUGUGUCAUAGCAGAUGCAACCCUAGGGUGGAUACUAGAGGUUGCAAAAGAUAUGGGAAUUGAGCAAGCUGUAGUGUGGCCUGCUGGACCAGGGGGUUUACUCAUGCUUCCUCACCUUCCAAAGCUUGUUGAAUUAGGGGUUUUAGAUAUGAAUGGAACUGUUUUGAGAAAUGAGCUCAUCAUCUUGUCAAAGGACGUUCCUGCUUGGAGCACCACCGAGUUUAGUUGGUGCAACACAAGUGAUCCCAAAUUACAGAAGAUUUUCUUUGAAAAUGUUCUGUCCAUCAACCAAAGUAUUGAACUCUCUACCUGGCUUCUCUGCAACACAUUCUACGAACUCAACCCGCCAAUUUGCCAGUUGGUUCCCAAAAUGCUGCCUGUCGGACCACUGCUCACGAGCGAUGAGCAGAGGCAUUCUAGCGGAAGCUUGAGGCUCCAGGAUUCAACUUGUUGGAACUGGCUCAAUGAACAGCCUAUAGGUUCAGUUGUUUAUGUUGCUUUUGGCAGCACAACAGUCUUCAGCCAAAACCAGUUCCUUGAAUUGGCCCUUGGUCUUGAACUUGCAGGCCGACCAUUCUUGUGGAUUGUUCGAUCAGACCUCACAAAUCGUUCAUUUGCCGAAUACCCAGAUGGGUUCGCAGAGAAAGUGGCUGGUUGGGGGAAGAUUGUCGAAUGGGCACCUCAAGAGAAGGUGUUAGGUCACCCAGCAAUUGCUUGUUUCUUUACACAUUGUGGUUGGAACUCAACAAUGGAGGGUGUGAGCAGUGGCGUGCCAUUUCUGUGUUGGCCUUACUUUGGGGACCAAUUUCAUAACAGAAGCUAUAUUUGUGAUGUCUGGAAAGUUGGUUUAAGGUUAGAAUACGAUGAAAAUAAGAUUGUAUCGAGGCACGAAAUUAAGAACAAGAUUGAGAAUUUGCUUUCUGAUGAUGAUAUGAAAGCGAAUAGUUUGAAGUUGAAGGAAAUUGCUAGAAAGAGCAUUGAGAAAGGUGGAUCUUCUUGUAAGAAUUUAGAAAGAUUUGUCCAACAUCUGAGACAGUGAUGAAGAUGAUGAUUGAUGCAACUAGUUUUUACUGUUUGUUAGACUCUGGCAAUUCAAUGCAUUGUUGUAAAAUCAUGAAUUGAAAUGUUAAUCGUUUUGGUGAAAUAAGAAAUGAUGUUUUCUAAAAUGCAGAAUGAAAAUAAAA